AUGGCAUCCGCCAUCACUUUGUUUACUCACUUAAAAAUCCCACUUGAGGAAAUUGUAAAGGCAACCAACAACUUUGAUGAUGUCUAUGUCAUCGGAGGUGGUGGUUUCGGAAAGGUGUAUAGAGGACAACUCUUGGUGUCCGGGAAGAUGGUGAACAUUGCUGCUCGCAGAUUUGAUGGAAACCAUCGACGACAGGGAGACGUUGAGUUCUGGACCGAGAUUACUAUGCUUUCUAGCCUCAAGCAUGAAAAUAUAGUAUCUCUAGUUGGGUUUUGUGAUGAGAAUGGUGAAAAGAUCAUCAUAAACAAGGAUGAGGCCACCAGGGGAAGUCUCUCCAUGUAUCUUAGCGACCCAACAACCCUCACCUGGAUUCAAAGAUUGAAGAUAUGUGUGGGAGUUGCGCGUGCGUUGAGAUGCAUCCAUAACGGUGAAGGGGGGCGAAGUGAUAGUGUCAUACACCGUAACAUCAACAGCUCCACAGUGUUAUUAGAUGCUGAAUUUGAGGCCAAGUUAUCUGGUUUUGAAUAUUCUAUCAAACAAUCGGUAAAUCGAAUGGGCCGGGUUGUCCUUUCAGAAGCUGUUGGCACAAAAGGGUACAUGGAUCCAUCAAUUUUAAAAACGGGAGGUGUAAGUCACAAGUCAGAUAUCUUCUCGUUUGGAGUGGUUUUAUGUGAAGUACUAUGUGGGCGGAAAGCUUUCAUUCCAAAUCAUGUAGAUAAUAGAUUUUUGGCUCCAUUGUUCAGAGUUCAUUAUGAAAACAAUGGGUCACUGAAUCAUAUAAUCCAUCCGGAUCUGCGGGUUCAAAUGAGCCGGCAAUCACUGACCCGAUUUUCCAGAGUAGCAUAUUCUUGCUUAGAGAACAGACUACACCGUCCAGAAAUGAACGAGAUUGUGAUAGAACUUGAGAAAUCAUUGGAACUCCAGCAGCAACUUGGAAAUAUGUGCAGUGGCUGUCGUGGUGGUGACAAUAACAGUGGCGGCGAUGACGGUAACUGUGGUGUCGACGGCGGUGAUGAUAUAUAG